AUUUAAAAUAAAGAAGGAAAGGCCAUUGUCCAUUUUUAAACCUUUCUUCCUUCGCUACUGCUCCGCCUCCUAUUAUUCUCACUUUCUCCUAUUCUUUUUAUUACUCAUUUGAUUUUCGAAAGCAUGGCGGAGGAAUUCGGAAGAUCGGUUCAAGACGGGCUGAAACUGUCAAAAAGGAUUUACCUGGGGAAAGACAGGGCGGUGACGCCACCCAAGCCACCGUCCCACAUGGAUAAAUCACCAGUGGCCUAUUUGCCAACGGCACCGAUGGUUUAUGCAGUUAUAUCAAACCCAGCGAUUGUGGAUAACCCGGAUAUACCAAGUUACCAGCCGCACGUGCAUGGCAGAUGUGACCCCCCAGCAUUGAUUCCUCUCCAGAUGACCCGGAUUGAAUUGGAAGCGGAUUCUUAUCUGGAUACUGCUUUUGUUAAAAUCAGUGGAUCAUGGAGGGUUCAUUGUGUUAUGGGAAGUGAAAGCUGUGAUUGCCGUCUAGCCGUCCCUAUGGGCGAGCAGGGCUCAAUUCUAGGUGUUGAGAUUGAGGCUUCUAGAAAGUUGUAUUAUACGGAAUUGGUUGCUAUUGAAGAUAGAAAAGAUUUGGAAAAGGAAGUUAGGAUUGAAAAUGGAGGCUUUCUGAAGCCACAUACAUUUACCAUAACGAUACCCAAAGUUGACGGGGGAUCAACGCUUUCCAUUAAAGUUAGAUGGAUGCAGAAAUUACUGUACCACAAUGGGGAGUUCUCCUUGAUUGUGCCAUUCAGUUUUCCAGAGUAUGUAACUCCUCAUGUAAAGAAGCUACCCAGAAAAGAAAAGAUACAAUUGAAUGUAACCACUGGUACUGGAACUGAAAUUGUGUGCAAGACAAGUAGUCAUCCUUUGAAGGGAUUGAGGCGUGAAGUUGGAAAACUGGGUUUCUCAUAUGAAUCAGAAGUUCUCACUUGGACAAAUAUUGACUUUACUUUCUCAUAUGCUGUCUCUUUUAGUCAUAUAUUUGGUGGAGUGCUUUUGCAAUCUCCAUCUCUUCAUGAUGUUGAUCAAAGAGAUAUGUUUUGUGCCUAUCUUUUUCCUGGAGGUCAUCAUAGUAGGAAGGUGUUCAGAAAGGAGAUAGUGUUUGUUGUUGAUAUAAGUGGAAGCAUGGAAGGAGCACCCCUUGAGGGUACAAAGAUCGCCUUAUCUGCAGCACUCACAAACCUUGAUUCCAAAGAUUCGUUCAACAUCAUAGCUUUUAAUGGAGAGACUUAUCUUUUUUCGUCGUCAAUGGAAUUGGCCUCUGAAGAUACAGUUGAAAGGGCUGUUGAGUGGAUGAGUAUGAAUUUAAUUGCUGGUGGUGAUACAAAUAUCUUGGUUCCUCUAAAACAGGCAACAGAAAUGCUAUCAAAAUCUGGAGGCUCAAUUCCUUUCAUCUUCCUUGUUACUGAUGGGGCUGUUGAAGAUGAAAGACACAUUUGUGAUAUAAUGAAAAGUCAUAUAACAGGCGGAGGAUCGAUACAUCCACGUAUUUGUACCUUUGGGAUAGGUUCAUACUGCAAUCAUCAUUUCCUACGAAUGCUUGCAAUGAUUAGCAGGGGUCAAUAUGAUGCUGCCUACGACAUAGAUUCAGUUGAGUCUCGAAUGCAAAAGUUGUUGAGCAGAAUCUCAUCUACAAUCAUUGCAAAUAUAACCAUCAAAGCCUUUGAUGAUCUUGAUGAAGUUGAGGUAUACCCUUCUCGGAUUCCAGACCUUUCUUCUGAUAACCCAUUGAUUGUUUCAGGGAGAUUUCAGGGAAACUUCCCUGACACUGUUGUAGCUACAGGUUUUUUUGGAGAUUUGAGUAAUUUUUCUUUAGACUUGAAAGUACAAAAGGCAAAGGACAUACCUCUUCACAGUGUUUCUGCAAAGCAGCAAAUAGAUCUACUCACUGCGCAGGCAUGGUUUUCAGAAAAUAAACAGCUUGAGGAGAAGGUUGCCAAAUUGAGUAUACAAACUGGUGUUAUCUCGGAAUAUACUUGUAUGUCAUUACUUGAGACUGAUAGAGGAAAUCAAGCGGCAGAAUCACCUGGAGGGCAUAAGUUACCAUGGCAAGUUAAUCCCCAGAAGGUAGACUCUCAAGGCCGGAGAAGAAUAUUUCUAAGGAACCUUGGUGUUGGUUUUGGCAAUUUGACUGCAACGGCUGAAAACCUUCGUCCAGGAGCUGAAGAGUCAAAGUUGCCCGAGGCAGCAGAAAUUAUCAUUAAGGCAGCUUCCAAUUGCUGUAGCAUAAUGUGUAAACAAUGUUGCUGUAUGUGCUGCGUCCAGUGUUGCUUCAAGAUAAACAACCAAUUCGCAAUAGUCUUAACACAGCUCUGCACUGCUGUAGCGUGCUUUGGCUGCAUCGAGUGCUGCUCAGAAAUAUGUUGCGGAGGACAAGAAACAUGAUCUGAAUCUCUUUUGUGAACAUUAUAUAUUAAAUUUAUUUUACCACCACGGCAUAUAAUGAUAAUUGUUGAAAGCAUUAAUGUCCA